AUGGCAGACCGUCGCAGGAGUCCCGCGGGCUCCAGCACCAGCAAGAGACGCAAAGGUCAACCACAUUAUCAACAACAACGACGAUCAGAUAAUUUCGAAGAAGCCGCAAGAAUGCGCGCUACGCCCCAUGCACAGCGACAGCAACAACAACAACAACAACAACAAACGUACCAAUACUCCUCCUCCUCGUCCUCCUCCUCCAGCGCCUCCAUAAUCGACAUAUCGCACAGCUUCCCCCCCAAGCGCUCCGGCAUCCGCACCUUCUUCACCGCGCCCUCGGAGCGCCGCCUGCGUCGCCGGAGGAGCAGCCGUGUGCAGAGAUACAGCAACUCGUCCUCGGCCUCGGUGAGCAGCGAUAAUGCGGACCUGGCGUACGGGCGCGGCUAUAUGCGGCGGCCGAAGCUGAGGCGGGUGCGGUCCCGGGCCGGGAGGACGAUUGAUCGGGAGAGGUAUGGCGAGAGGUACACGAGCGACCGGUACAGCGACCGCGAGGGAGGGAAGUCGUCGCGGUAUGGGGAGAAAGGUCGGGAGAGGGAGAGAGAGGGAGAGAGGGAAAGGGACAGUGCGGGGAGCGGCAGCGCGAGUGCGCUGGGGAAGAUGGGAACGACGGCUGAGAUUCUGGCUGUGGGCGAAGGCUUCAGACGACUUGCGCGGGAGCAGAGCAAACGCGACCUCAAGGAGGGGAGGGGGGGAAAGAAGCCGGAAUUGGUCGCUGUCAGGGAGCAGCAUGGUAAUUACGGCCAGUCUCACGCGGAGAGUCGCAGGGCGGCUCCCUCGAGGGUGUCGCAUGGAGCUGAUGACGAAGAUGGAUGGGAGUCUGCGUCGGAUUCGGAGUCGAGUGUUGAUACGAGACUAGCAUUCGGCGACGUUGACGAGAUGGACGGGGGCUGGGGUUUCUUUGGCAAGAAGAAGCAUACGGCGAGGAGCAGGAAGAGUACCGUCGUCGACCCCCGGCUCUUUGGACCGGCGAACUCUCUCCAUGGUAUUGUCAAUCAGCCUGUUGGGUUUGGAGAAGUGGCCUGGGUAUCGACCAGUGACUUCGGGGAGCAGCGCGACACUUAUCAGCACGGUCCCUUCCCCGUUGCUCAGGAGCAUAGCUACAGGGGUGUUCAGUCCAAGGAACGAAGCCAUAGCGAUACCAUGUCCCAAGCAUCCCUCCAGCAGAUCCCACCUAUGCCAAUGUCGGAGGCGGAUAGGAAUGAAUCUCUUCCUCCCCAUGCCUCGGACCGACAAAAAUAUACCCCAAUCCGACCCGACCCCGCUCCUAUCCAGAUCCAGCACCCCAAACCAUUUACACCCGUUUCUCAGAGCGUCUACGAGCCGAUAUACCCCACCAGAUCUGACUCGGGCGGCAUCUUGAAGAAGACUACCUCGUCUUCCUCCAGCCGCGGUAAGUCUCUCGCAGGAGCAGCUGUUGCCGGUGUGGCAGCCGCUGCUAUCGGCAGCAUGAUUUCUUCUGCGAAAGACGAGCGGAAGGAUAGACAGAGGGAAGAAGAACUCGAGGCCCUCGAGAGCGAUCGUCUCAAGCGCGAGAAGAAAGAGGCAAAGGAUGAGGCACGACGAGACAAGCGUUCUAGCCCCACUCGCGAAGAGAAAAAGGACAAGCGCUCGAGUCCGACUCGCGACGACAAGAAAGACAAGCGUCGAGAGAAGGAGAGGGAAAAGAGCAGAGAAAGGGAUAGGGGGCAGGAGAAGGAAAAGGAAAGAGAGAAGGAGAAGGAAAGGGAGAAGGAGAAGGAGAAAGACAAGAAGCGAGGCGAGACACGUGAUGAGAAAGAGGAGAGGCGUGAGAAACGCCGGGAGGAACGACGUGCGGCGGAGCGUGCAGACGAUCGUUCUGAUUCCCGAAUCAGAACGAAGAGUGAAGCCGCUGUGCCUACGAGUUAUGUUGACCCUUUGCAAUUUCAAGUGACAGACAGCACAUUCUCUACUCGGACGAUCGAAUCCUCCCAGGGUAACCACCGACCCGAUCCUGCUCCAACCGUUGUCACUGUUGAGCGGGAGCCAGACUUUUCUCGGAAGCGAAGUUCUUCCAAAGAUCAGUCAUCUACAUCCAGGUCCGAAUCCCGGAAAGAGUAUCCUGAUAGCCGAAAAGGCCGGGAUGACCAAGAACCGGAAUUGUCCCGUAAGCGAAGCUCGUCCACCAAGGACCAAUCCUCUACUGCACGACAAGAACCUUGGAUUACUGAUGCCCGUUCUGAUACCCGCUUUGAUACCCGCAAUGAAUGGGAUGAGCAAGAACGACGAUAUCGAGCCGGAGACGUACGGGAUCGUGCAGUUCAUGAUGCUGAAUCGACGGCUCAGGAGAUCAGACACUUCACUGGACCCUACGAUGCUGCUAUUGUCUCUGCUGUCGUUGCUGCCGAACACCUUCGGGAGACGAGAGCCGAAGAGAGAAGACGCGAGAGGCAGGGUGAAGCAAGCUAUGACAAGCGAGACUCCAGGCCAGGCGAUAGAGCUCUUGAGACCGAUCCCAUCCAAGAAGAAGCCGACAGAGCUUACCGUGAGAUUGUCAUGGCGAGAAAAAUUGCCUCUGAAGUUGUCCGCUCCCGGAGCCCCUCUCCCAAUCGCUCAGUUGUCCAGAAGUACGCCCACAAGGAGAACGAGCCACAAGAAGUCAUCCGAAUCGUCACCCCGCCUAGCAUGGAGGAGCAUCACAAAGGGAAGGGAAUCUACGAUCCACCCAAUGCCGACUUUCGUUUGGACCGUGUCAUAGACCAUCCGAGAGACUUGCAAACCUUCAGUGUUCCCUCCCUUGCCUUGGGUAGCUCAAAUCCUCAAUCUACGAACCUGGUACGGGACUUUGACGCAGUCAAACCUCGACCCCUUUUGAAUCUCGUCCGACCAACUCCGUCUUCCACCCCAGCCCCUGAAAAGCAAGUAGCUGGUUCCGAGUCAGGUAGCUCCGAACCAGCUCGAUCAGCUAAGCCCAAGCACCGCGAAUUGAAACGCUCUUUCUCAUCAGACAUAAUUAUUGGGCCGAAGGGAAAUAUCACUGCCUCUCCAACCGCUUCGGCUGUAUCCAAAGGAGUCACUUGGGGACAGAAUGAAACCAAGCACUACGAGGUCGAAAGCCCGGCCGAUCACCGCGAUGAGUUUGUAUCAAGUGCAGACAUUGGAUCCAGAGAGGACAUUCGAGCCCGUGAAGAUCCCAAGAAACAACAGCCUUCCGAUGAUCAAACGGCUAGCAGGAGCUGGGGCGCAAUCGCUGCCGGUCUCAUUGGCGCUGGCUUGGGAGCAACUGUCGCAAGUGAAAUAUCCAAGUCCUCCAAACCUUCUGACAGUGGUAAGAAGCAAGAGCCUCUCAUGGAAUACCGCGGAGUGGUUGUCGAGGAAGAACGCAAAGAGCGUGGUGUCGAUACCAGGCAGGAGAGCCCACCACGCUCGCAGAGACAACGCAGCCCUCCUUCUCCAGGCCCCAAACCAACCAGCGCUCAGAUUUCUCGACCUCCAAGCUCUCACCACAUGCCCGGUGCUUUUGACGACGAUCUAGACUUCACUGCGACCGUAGCUGCGGGACUUCAAGAUACCGGCUUUGAUCCUAACAUUGUGAUCGAUGACCCCGCAUUUCGCAGACGUGACUCUCCCCCCGGCUCGCAUGAGCCCGGAUCAUAUCAAGCCCCAUACGCGGAGACAGUUACCGAUAUUGGGAGAACCCCGUCUGAAGUCUCGAGGACAAGAGGUUCAGAAGGCUUUGUCAUUGAAGAGGUUGCUUCCACACGAAAGGACGAGCCCCUCGUUUCUCCUCCCGAGAUUGACGAAUCGUUCAGGAAGCUCAGCAAAAAGGAGCAGAAGAAACGCGAUAAGGCAGCCAACCGUCAAAGUGUCGAUUCUACUCCAAUCGAGGAGCCAGUUGUGUCUCGGGGGAUUGUGCCAGAACCAGAGCCCUACUUUGAGGAGCCAACCAGAAAGUUGAGCAAGAAGGAACAGAAGAAGCUUGACAAGGCUGCGCAACGACAAAAAAGCAAAGCUGACGAUGUCAUACCGUUCUCUGAAUCGCCGUCUGCCCUCAUUGAAGUUGUGGAAGAACCAGAGAGCUACUUCAGUACCCCGAAGAAAUCAAAGAAGUCGAAGAAGGGCUCCUCGAACUAUGAUGAUAUUGUCGGUGAUUCUUCUCGCGAUAAAGCUGUCACGGUACCGGUUGAUGCCUUCGAAGACUUUGGAACACCUAAGAAGUCCAAAAAGGGCUCAUCGGCUUCCGACGAUCUCGUCAGUGAUUCACCCCGAACAUUCUCCGUACCCGUUGAUGCCUUUGAUGACUUCGAGACAUCCAAGAAGUCGAAGAAAUCCAAGAAAGGCUCCUCGACAUCCGAAGAUCCGGUUGGCGAUCCUCCUCCGGCUGUCUCGGUGCCGGUUGAUGCUUUUGAUGACUUGCAAAAUGGCCAAGACGAAUGGGCCGAAAGCUCUAAGAAGUCGAAGAAGGGCUCGAAGCGGGAUAGCGAGCGAUUUGAUUCUCCCGUUCGGUCAGCUCUUGUAUCUACAUCGGAGCUGGAGCGAUCGCCUAGCAAGCAGUCGAAUCGUGAAAGCGAAAGAUACGAGUCUCCUACUCGGUCAGAGAUCUCAUCUUCGAGCAAGAAAUCCAGGGACAAGUCAAGCCGACGAAGCGAGGGCUACGACAACGACCCGGCCGAUGUCGCUCUUCCGCCCAGUGGAGCUGCUUCCGAGGUAUCAUCCUCGAGCAGGAAAAGGGACAAAUCAAGUCGACGCAGUGAGCAAUACGAAUAUGAUCCGACUGAAGUUUCUCUGCCUCCUAGCACACCUUCAGAGGAUAGCAGGGACAGAGAGUUUGAUGAUUCCCGGAGCACACGGAGGUCCUCGGCCAGAGAUAGUGGCAUAUUCAAUAGUGAAGAUCGUGGAGAGUCCCGGUCAGUGGUGUCGGCUAACACCUCACGAUAUGACGACCCAGAACCUCGGAAGAAAAAGAAGUCAAGAAGCGGCACAAGCGACUUUGACGACGCAAGAUCAGUCGCGUCUGCUCCUGCUGGUGAUGCCUACGAAGACAAGAAGGGCAAGAAGAAAGAGUCUAAGAAAUCCGGUGGACUCUUCUCCGGGCUUUUCGGCUCAAAAUCCGAGGCUGGGGUUCGGGACGAAAGUCCUAAGCGCUCUAAGGACGACUUCGACGAGACCAAAAAGAAAAAGAAAUCCAAAAGAACCUCUCUGCCUGACGCAGGUAGUCUCUAUGGUAGCAUUGGAGCAGUAUCUGUCAACGAUCUCUCACAAUCCGUUUCCAACAGCCAUAGCAACGGCAAUGGAUUCGAUGACGACCGAAAUUAUAGCGAUGGGGAGAAGAAGAAGAAGUCUCGAUCAAGAUCUGCAAGCACAUCUUCGAAGAAGGAUUCUUUUUUAGCUAGAGCCGGCACCCUUGGCGCGGGUGUCGGCAUUGCGGGUGCUACUGCUGCUGCAAUUGCUGCUCAGCGCCAUCAGCAACCGAAAGCCGAUAAUACUAAUAGCACUGAGACCGCGGAGCGGACUCAUUCGAAGGGCUCUGAUACGCUGUCAAGAGGGGAAGAUGCCCCGGACCCUGAGAUUACACAACGCCACUUUAGGCCUUCUAUAGAUCCCCAGUAUGGUGAUCUUCUUCCUUUGCCACCUAGUGAUCCUGCGUCGCCGAAUUCCGCGCUGCUCGAUGACUUGCCUCAGUUGCCUGAGAGCCGGCCAUCUACACCUGAGGCGGAGAGAUUGUCUAGGGAUAGAGUCAAGAGUAAUAUUCGCAAGCCCGUGCAAGAUUCUCACAUCAAAUCACCCAGCCACAGCCAGGUACCCUUGAAAUUCAAGAUGGGCAACCGAGCGCCCAUCUCUACAUCACCAAAAGCCACCAGAUCGCCUCCAUUACUAUCACCAGAAAAAGCCAACCAAGAGUCGAUUGUAUUCCCACGACACCGCACCCGCCCUACUUCCUGGGAUAGUACCAAGGAGUACAAACCAUUGUACCUAGUCGAGAGCACACGACGAGGCUCAAACGCUCAACUGCAAGAGGAAUAUGGAUCUCUUCCCGAAUUGCCACCCAGUCUCAACACGUCAAGAAGCUCCUCUCAUCAUGACUUUGCUGACAGCGGCAAUGCCUUUGAUAACGGGUCCGACAUGCCUCGAGGCCUCGGUCCGUUGUCCAUCGAUACAGCUUUUGCCUUAGCCAGCGCGUCAGACAUUCUUAGUUCCGGGCAAUCAACACCGAAAGCUGGAGUAACGUCAUCACCUGACGACUUGGUGAGUCCAGAGAAUGGUGGGAAAUCCUCACGUUUACCAAGCCCCACUCGUGGCCAAGAGUCUAUUUCCUUCGGCAAAGAUGCAGCUACAGUUGCAGUAGUAACAGGGAUUGCUUCCGCCAUUGGCUAUAUCGCAUCAACUUCUAGUCAUCCUACGACCAAAGACGAAUGGAAAGAUGGCCUGCCAUCCGCUAAAUCUCAAGAGUCUCCCCCAGAUCGAGAUAUGCUGCAUAAUAUUCAGGAGAGGGAUGGUGCAGACAAUUCCGGGUCAAUUGAAUACGCUACCGAAGAGCAAGAUGAAUUGGCUUCCGUCACCAAAAAUAGCAAGAAGGACAAGAAGAAAGACAAGAAAGGCAAAGGCCUCUCACGGUCUUCGACACAAGAUGAACUCUCCGUUCCCGAAGCUAGCGAUGGUGCCGUUCCGGAUGUUGCUGUUCCUGAGUCCGAGCCAGCUGGAGAGUUUAUAUCAGCCAAGACCAAGAAAGAGCAGAAGAAGAACAAGAAGAAGAGCAAGUCAGCUUCUGCCUGGGAUACUGAAGAGCCAGUGGUGCAGCAAGCUCUUGAGCCGUCUCUUGAGCCUGGUCGGGAUGAACCUGUGUCAAAUACUACUACAGUGGGUGAUGGCGAAAAGGCUACACCCGAGACUUCGAUCAUUGAACAGCAAGGGGCGGACCAAGUCGGCGAAUUCUCCACCCCGAAGUCCAAGGGAAAGAAGAAGGACAAGAAGAAGAAGUCGGCACUUUCGUGGGAUGCUGAGCCCUCCUUGGAGAGCCAACCUGAGUCCGCCAAGGAGAAGUUGCCGGAGCCAGCACCAGUUCAAGAAGUGGAGACAACCUCUCGUGACUUGAAAGCCAUCGAUUCGGAGCCGUCUGUUUCUCGUGCCGUCGAGGACUUGUCUAGCUUCAAGUCCGAUAAUGAAGAGAGCAAGUCAAGCAUUCCCGAAGAAACUCCAGUCUCUCAUGAAAAAGCACUGGGCGAUCUUGAAUCCGACGCCGUCCCCGUCAUUCCUGAAGAAGCUGAAAUUCCCGUUGAUAGCCCAGCAGAAGAUCUGCAAUCGUCAGAGCCUUUUGUCUCUUCACCAAAGAAAAGCAAGAAGGACAAGAAGAAGUCUAGAUCCGCGUCUGCUUUAGAUCUCGAGGGUGAGACGGGGCAGCAAGACGCCCAAGAAUCUCUACCGACUGCCAAAAUUGACAUUGCUUCCACUGCAGCCGAGACUCAACCAGAAGACUUCUUCACUUCCAAGUCCAAAAAAGACAAGAAAAAGGAUAAGAAGAAAGGCAAGUCUGCCUUUGUUGAAGACGUUGAAGACGAAGAGCCGGCCAUGUUGCAAACUCCAGCCCCCGAAACGAGCCGUGAUGCUUCUGGGGAAACCUCCGCCAUCGACGAUACUGCUCGAUUCGAGGAUUCCACUCCUUCGAAAAAGGAGGGCAGAAAAGAAAAGAAAGGAAAGUCUUCUUGGGAGCUGGAAAUCAAGGAUCCAGUGGUACAAGAGGCUACGCCAGCUCCAGAAGCUCCCGAUCCUCCGGAAGAUGAUAUCCCCGCUCCUGCUGAUGACUUUGAAGUGUUCUCUUCUUCCAAGAAAGACAAGAAUAAGAAGAAGAAGAAGGGCAAGUCCAUGUCACCAUUCGAAGCCGAAGAGGAGAGAGACGCCCAGGAACCAUCGACUUCAACUUUGGAUGCUGGCCGCGAACCUGCAGAAGUUCCGGCUCUGGCGGCUGAGGCUAUUAAGAUCUCUUUAUCUUCGAAGGAUAAGAAAAAGGACAAGAAGAAAAAGAAGGGCCAGUCGAUUCCAGAUUGGGAGCCAGAUUCGAAGGAGGCCGGAUCGAACCCAUCUCAACAGCCAUCGACAGUUGCCAACCCUGCUACUGUCGAAGAGCCGCGAUCAACAACCCUGGACGAAGAUUCAGCCCUUCCUUCUGCCUCUAGUGAGACGAAAGUUGAUCCUGUUGCUACAGAGGGUUCGAUUCCGAUUCCCGAAGUCCAGAAUUUCGAGGAAUCUACCAAAGAGCCGAGAAAUUCUGAGCCACUUCCAAAAGCCGACUUCCAGGAGGAUUCGCCACUUGAUACUCGCGACGAGACCCCGACCGGUGAUACUUUUGUGCCUACCAAGAAUUCCGAGAAGAAGAAAGGGAAGGCAUCAGCGAGUUGGGCGGACGAAGUCGAAUCCAGCUUGCCUGAAACUCCCUCUGAAAACAAGCCGCUGGACACACCAAGUGAUGGGCAAGAUGCUGAGCAAGAUACGCCACCCACAGCCGACAUCGAUUUCACAGAGUCCAAAAAACGGAAGAAUAAGAAGGGAAAGUCUACGAUGAACUGGGCAGAUGAAGUCGAGUCCUCCUUGCCUGAGUCUCCGCGCGAAGUUCAGCCUAUUAAUGAGCCAGGGUUUGUUCAAGAUGCGCCACCCGUCGAUAAUCAAUUCGCAACCACGGAUUCUAAAAAGGGGAAGAAGAAAAAGAACAAGUCUGCCUCUUCCUCGUGGGAUCAAGACGAAGCCAUUACUCCCACGCCAGCCCCACGGGAGAGUGACGCUGCCGAAUUGACGCCAUCAAGAUCCUCAUCAAAGAAAGGAAAGAACAAGGGCAAGAAGUUUCAAUCAUGGGAAGAGCCAGAGCCUGUUCAGAACGAGUCUCCCGCUGCGGAAACCGAAACGACUGAUGUGUUCAAAUAUUUGGACUCGAACAUUAUUAUUCCCGCAUCAGAAACCCCGAUGUUGGGACCCACACCGGUGGGUGGGCCAAUCACGGCUGCCAUGCCCAUGACUGGCGGUGAACAGCUCAGCGGUGAGGUACCAAGCUCCACUAGCGGAGGAUACUUUCUGGCAGCCGCAGCUGCUUCAGGUGCCGCCGCCAUCUUCGGGGAAGGGUCUUCCAAGGAUGGUCCUUCUUCUCAAAGUAAAGGAUUGUCUACAGAAGCCUCAAGCUCAGCACCAGAUAUGGCACAUGACCCAUGGUUGGAGUCUCAUCCGAAGGCGGCUCCGGAUGGACUUGCUGCUGGCUACGAUAAUGAUCAACUCAGUCUUGCCAGACAGCUGCAGGAGGAAUUCGGCAAGAAGUCCUCAAAGAAAGACAAAAAGAAGAGGCAGAGUCUGCCUGCGACACCACCGAGCUUGGCAUCCAAAUCAAGAACCGCUGACGAUACACCUGAGCAACAUCCGCGCGCAAGAAGUCUCUCCGUAGGGCCUGAUGCUGAUCGAUCUGGAACCAGCCUCGGCACUAGCGAUCGUCAGAACGUCAUCAUUGAGGAUCAACUUGAGCUUGCCCACCCACCAAAAGCCGAUUUCGAAUCUGGAAGCAAGAAGUCCAAGAAGGAUAAGAAAGGCAAGAAAGGACGGGCUUCGACGCUGGAUGAUGCUUCGUUCGACCAAGAGCAGGAUGAACCACCUGUCACGGAUCCUCGGGUGGAAGAGGCUCAUCCAAUUGAGGAUCCCAAGUCACCAAAACCAGACGGGUUCGAAGCCGGGUAUCAAGAAGAGCAGCUCGCGCUCGCUCGCCAGAUGCAAGCCGACUUCGCGAAGAAGGCCGAAAAGAAGAAGGAGAAGAAGGACAAGAAGGACAAGAAAGGAAAAAAGGGAAAGGGCUCGAUGCGAGAUGACGAUCCGUUCGACCAGGAUCUCAAUGAACCGCGGACUCCGCAACCCGACAUUGAGGAAGCCGCCCAACCAAGCGAGACAACCUAUGCGCAAUCAGCUGACAAAACCGAUGCACCCAAACCAGACGGAUUCGCUGCAGGCUAUCAGGAAGAUCAGCUCUCUCUAGCCCGUCAAAUGCAAGCCGAGUUUGCGAAAAAGGCAGACAAGAAAAAGGGCAAGAAAAGUAGAAGCAACUCCCGGACCCCAGGAGAGCAAUUGCCCCGGGAUGACUACUUCGAUGAUGCCCCCGGCGCGGAGGCAGCUCCAGGUGAUGAACCAUCAGCUCCGCUUGAAUUCUCUGCAUCCAGAGAUGACGAGCCAAUCCAUGCCGAGCAGCAUGAACUUGCACCUGAACUGAAGGAGGAAUCUGGAUCUGGCUCCUCCAAGAAAGGGAAGAAGGAUAAGAAGCGGGGGAGCUUGCUUCGGUCCAACACUGAAGAUGACGCCUCGCCUGAUCCGAUGUCCAGAGAUGCUGAUUUCCAAAUAAGCGUUGAGAGCCCGCAGUUGGAGUCGACCACUGCACCUGCGCCUGAGAUUGAUGAUGAAUUUACAGUUCUCUCCGCCAAGAAAUCCAAGAAAGGCAAGAAAGGAAAGCGUGGAAGUCUUCUACCUGACGAUGAUGCUCCCCAGGAGUCGAUCAUAGCCAAAGAAAAAGAUGAGCCCGCGUCUGUUGUUGCAGCGAUCGGGGAUGAACUUUCGGCUGAGCCUGUAGCCAUGGAUCCAGAGGACGAAUUUUCCCCGUUCUCGAAGAAGUCUAAGAAAAAUAAGAAAAAUAAGCGCGAUAGUCUUGUUCCGAGUACGACUGAGGGUGAAGCGUCGGGCAUCUUUGCCACGGAAGUCGAGGCUUUGCCUGAUACUAGCGAGGCCCAGACUAUCGAAUCUCCUGCUGCCGAAGAUGAGUUUGCAUUCUCCACCAAAAAAUCUAAGAAGAAAGACAAAAAAAAGCGGCAGAGCACAACGAUGGACGAGCCGCUUGAUCUUUCCAACAACGAGGAUCAGCCUGCAUCCACCGAGGAGCCUUCGACAUCGGCACCCACAGCGGGAAGCUCGGAACCGGAGAUAGUCGAUGAAAAUCUGGAAGAAUUUGGAUCCCCGUCUAUGAAGAAGAAGGAAAAGAAGAAGAGGGGGGGCUUACUCCGAAACGAAACUCUUGACGACACUCCGGAACCCGCAACUGAGGAACCUGGCUCGCAAUCUACGUCGGAGGCUUCUGCUACGGUUGAGAGCGCACCUUUUGCAUAUCCAGUUGCAGAAGAACCGCAAGAUGACCUGGAAUUCACCCCGUCCAAGAAGUCCAAGAAGAAGAAGCGGGGAAGCUUGCUCCGUCAUGAAUCAUUCCCUGGGCAAGACAAUGACGAAAGCGACCUUCAAGCUCAGUCAGGCAGCCCUGUCUCUGGAGCGGACAUUAAGGAACCUGCUUCUCCUGCUCCCGUUGCGGACGAGCAGGACGAUGGCUUCGAAGUCGCGGCAAAGAGCUCGAAGAAAGACAAGAAGAAGCGGGGAAGCAUUUUUGAUUCUAUCCCAGAGCAGCCUUCUCAGCCCGAGGCCGAACCCCAGGAUGUCACAGGUGUCAGUGAGCAAGAUAACUCGGCUCCUGUCCCUGAUGUACAAGACGACGAGUUCGAAACACCGUCCAAGAAAUCGAAGAAGGACAAAAAGAAGCGUAAGAGUACACAUUCCACUUCUGACGCUGUGGAAGAUAAGGAAGACUCCUCUCCCAAGCCCGAUGAGACGGGUUCCCCAAAUCUCGAGACCGAAGAAAGUCAAACUCUCGUGCCCGGUGAGCCAAAACUUGAGGAAGAAAUUACGCCCAGCCAAACUGCGCCCAAAGUAGAGGAUACCCUUGAAGAUUCAUUCGGAGACUAUGCCCUAUCCAAGAAAGACAAAAAUAAGAACAAAAAGAAGCAGAAGGGGUCUUCGAAUCUGGACUCUGAAUCUUCGGGUCUCUCAACUCCAGUGGAUCCGAUAUCUGAGCCAAAGACAAUUGAUGAGCCUGUGUCACCUGCAGACGCCACGUCGGAGAAGCCCCCUCUGGAAGAUGCCGCCCAAGAGCCUGUGGACGACGAGUGGGAAGCCACACCAACCAAGAAAUCGAAGCGGGACAAGAAUAAGCGCAAGGACUCGUCUAAACUGGACUCGGAGGAAGUUUCUUUACCGUCUGAGCCCACUCUGGAACCUUCGAAGGACGAGCCGCUGACUCCUUUGCCCGUAGAUCAAGUCACAGAGGAUAGAACAUCGCCUGAGCCGCCCCAAGAACGAGCCCUGAGUCCGGAAGUAGCCAUCUCCUCCCAGGAUGCCACCGAGGAACCAGCAGCAGAUGAGUGGAAUUCGUUCUCGACCAAAAAAUCUAAGAAAGACAAGAAAAAGACUGCUUCAAAAGCUGACUCUGAAGCUCCAUCUGAGGUUUUGACGCCUCUGGAACCUGUUCUUGAACCGACGCAGCCAACUGAUUCGCCCUUGCCUGGCGACGUUGUUCCAGAGGAUGCUAUUACCGAGACACUUCCGGCAAUUGAGGACUUGACGCCCACUGGUGCAAAAGACCUCCAGGAGCCAGCGGAGGAAGAGUGGGGCUCAUUCUCCUCCGUGAAAUCCAAGGGCAAGAAAAACAAGAAAUCUGGCACUUCGACUCCAAUCGAAUCGGCUCCUGUCCCAGAAGAACCGACAUUCGCCACGCCAAUAUUCGCCAUGGAGCCAGAAGAGGAGCAGGCUUCUUCCUCGACCAAGAAAUCGAAGAAGGGCAAGAAGGGCAAGAAAUCAGAUGCAUCGGCUCCUGUCGAGCCAAUUUCGGCGCCAGAAGAAUCAAUAGCCGCUACGCCAAUCUCCAGCAAUCAGCCAGAAGACGUGUGGGCUUCUUCGUCGAGCAAAAAAUCAAAGAAGGGCAAGAAGGGCCAGAAAUCUGACAGUUCCACUCUGGCUGAACGAAUUUCUGUGCAAGAUGAAUCGACAUCCGCUGAGCCAACAUCUGUCAACGAGCCAGAAGAUGAAUGGGCUUCUACUUCAACCAAGAAAUCUAAAAAGGAUAAGAAGGGCAAGGAACCGGACGCUUCGACUCCAAUUGCGCCGGACCCCGUUUCAGGAGACUCGCCAUCAGCUCCCCCCUUGUCCGUUAAGGAGUCGGAGGGCGAGUGGGCUUCUACUCCAACUAAGAAAUCCAAAAGGGACAAGAAGGGCAAAAAAUCAGGCUUUGAAACGCCGGUCGAUGAAGUCCCCGCAAUUACACCCGAACCCAAUUCUGGGGAAAACUCGUUACCGGUCGAAGCACCUGAGCAGAGCGAUCCAGUUUCCAAGGAGAUGCAUGACGAGGCGACUGCGGUUGAAGAGACGAUCAAUACCGACAACCCAGUUGACGAAUGGGGUUCGGUACCGGCCAAGAAGGACAAGAAGAAACGCAGCUCUGGCCUGGGAACUCCGGUGGAAGACACAUUGCCAUCUUUGCCGGAGUCCACUCUGCCUUCGACCACAGAAGAUCUUGAACCAGGUAAGCUUCAAUCGACUGAGCAGCCAAAUGAACCCAGCGAAGUACCGCCCAUGAAGUCACCACUCGAAGAACCUUCUCCCGAGAUCAAACAGCCCUUGGUGUCCUCGGAAAAUGCUUUGCCAGUUGAGCAGCCAGCAGAUGUGCAAGCCAAGGAAAUUGUUCAGGACCAGACUGAUGACCUGGACUCACUUUCUGUACCAGCAUCCAAGAAAAAGGAUAAGAAGAAGCGCAAAUCUGGCUUGUCAACCCAUAUCGAUGAAGAUGUUGCCCUUGAGCCUGUGCCAGAACAAGCAUCUACAGCUUCUGACCAACCCUCAACUCACGUUGAACCGAUCAUCGACACACCUAGCAAGACAAGUGAACCAGUGGUGAGCGAUGAGCCUAAAGAAGCGGUUGGUGAUCAAGAGGAUGAUUGGGGAGCUUCCGCCGGGGAGCUAUCCAAGAAGAACAAAGAGUCGGAGAAAUUCGGGCCAUCGACCCCUGCCGAAGACCCCUCUCCUUCGUCCGUCUCCGAACAGCUUCUUUCCGAGUCUUUUCAGGAAGAUCCACGAACUUCAUCGGAUGUACCUAGCCAGGAAACGAGUAAGGAUGCCACCGAGGGCCAGGAAGAGUGGAGCUCUUUCUCCGUCAAGCAAUCGAAGGAGGAAAAGAAUAAGAAUCGGGAGUCUGGGCUCUCAACCCCUGCUGGGGAGACACUACCACCCACCGAUCAGGUCAAUGAGCAGGAGCCCGAUCUAGAGAAAACCAGAGAGGUCGUCGAGGAGCAAGAUGAAUGGAAUCCCCUGCCCGCCAAGAAGGGCAAGAAGAAGAAUCGAAACUCGGGGCUUUCAACGCCAGUUGAAGAGAUUCUGCCAGCUGUCGAGCCCGAAAUCGCUUCAUCUGACCCCGCCCUCCAGGAAGAUCCAAUACUAGAAAAAGUGGAAGAAUCCGUUCAGGAAAAGUCUCAAGAUUCCACCGAGGAGCACGAUGAAUGGAAUUCCUUCUCUGCGAAAAAAGGCAAGAAGAAGAACCGAAAGUCAGAUCUUUCAACGCCAGUCGAGGAAACCCUACCGCCCAUCGAGCUGGAGACCGUCUCUCUUGAGCCUGCCGUCCAAGCCGGCCGUAUGUUAGAAGACACUAAAGUACCCUCCCAAGCGAGCGAACCCAUCGAGAGCCAAACCGAUGAAUUCUUCUCGGUCAAGCAAAAAGAGGGGAAGGAAGAUAAAAAGAGGUCGUCUGGUCCGUUAACACCGGCGGAUCCAAUCUCGACUGCGGUACCUGAGCAGCAAAAUCUUGAACCGGAACAGCCUUCUUCGAUUACGGAGGAUGAUUCUCAAAAGGUCGAUACAGCCGAAGAAGCAUCGAAGCGCGAUUUGGACCAAACUUCGGCGCCUGUCGAGGAGCCAGUUAACGAAUGGGCGCCCACCAGCAAGAAUUCUAAGAAAGACAAGCGGGAAUCUGGACUCUCAUCGCCGAUUCAGGAAGUUGCAGCUCCGGAGCCUAGCACACCAACUCUCAAAAACGAUUUGCCAGCCCUCAAUCAACCCGACUUUCAAUCUGACGAAGGUAUUUUGACUCAACCCGAGCAGGAAGUUGUUCAUCAACCAGAAAUCAAGAGUAUCGAAACCCCGGCCGAGGAAACUCAGGAGGACGCCUUUGCACUCGUGCCGAAGAAAGACAAGAAAAACAAAAAAGGCAAGAAGCCAUCAGGGGCUGACUCUGAAAGCGGGCUAAGCACCCCUCCUAAAUCCAGUGCACCCGCUCCAAAGGAGACUGAUAUAGAGCCGAGUCUACUUGAUUCUGAUCGCCCUGCUCCAAUCGAAAAACCCACAGAGGAAGAUGAUCUAUUUCCUGUUGAUCUCUCCAGAAAGGUGUCCAAGAAGGAUAAAAGGAAGCGCCAAGGAACUGUUGACGCUGUCUCUGAAGCUAAAGAUCCUGCUGAAGCACCUUUGACAACUUGGGCUCAUGAUGUUGAAAAGGCUGAAGUAGAGAGAGAUGUCCCUGUCAUCGAACAAAUUGCUCAGGACGAGUCUCUGGCCCAUAUCGAACCUGCAGUUGAGUCUACUCCAAUAGACGAUGUGUUCGUCAGACCUCAAAAGAAGGGCAAGAAAGGAGGCUCCAAACGAAACUCAGUCUCUACUGCAUCGACCCCUGUGAAAGAAUCCUUCGACGAGUCUGAAGACGCAAAAUCGUCUGCCAAGACUGCGGCACUUGCCACAGCGGGAGCAGCUUUUGCAGGCGCCUCUUUGCUCGGUAAGGCCUCGCCCUCGCUUGACGAAGGUUCAACGUCCAAGAGAAGUACAGCUUCAGGGUCCUCCACUCCAGCGAAGAAAGGCUCCAAGAAAGACAAGAAAAAGAAAGAUAUCGAUCGUCGAGCUCCUAGAGAAGAUGACAUAUUUGAUGAUCCUACCCUAUGGGAAGGUGCUGAUCCGAAGGUACAUGAGGAAGCUAAGGAGGGGGACGAUGAUAGCGACGGAUUCUGGUCGCCGCCCCAGCAAGAGGAAGAGACGGUCAGGGAGCAGCCGAGCCUCGAAAUACCCGUAAGUGGCCCGGCAACAAUCGCCAGUGAUGUGAUCCAAGACAAGCACAAUCCACCAGUUCAGGAGGAGCAGUCCUUCCCCGUGGAGACUGCCAAACUAUCAUUCCCGAGCUCUGAUAUCCAGCCGGAGCGACAAGAAAGGGAUAUUCCCAUCCCAGCACAGAGAGAGGUGGUCCCGGUUACAGAGAUCCUUUCUGCGCCAACCUACGACGUUCAAAAAAGCCGCGAGUUGCCUCCGGAAAUUCUCCAAGACUCGACCAACGAGUCCCUGGUCAGCUCGUCUAAGAAGAAAGAAGAAAAGGGGAAGAAGAAGCAAAGCAUCUCAGACUCUUGGGAUUCUCAAGACACGGCUAGAGCUCAGCCAAUCACCGCAGAACCUGAAGCCAAUCGGGAUAUCUUGUUCGACAAACCCCCAGUCAGCCAGGGGCACAUCUCUGCCUCGACAAGGGACUCGGACAAGAAUGAAGGCGAUAAGGAGGCAUUCUUUCAAGAAGCUCCCGUUGAGAACAUCCCACCCAGACCCAAGAGCCGAUCAUAUCACUCUAGGAUCUCCGACCUCCCCGUUGUCCAUGAGGAGAACUUAACUCUGCUCGAGCCCGCACAUCAACACUCAAAAGAGGCAGACACCAAUCAAGACAGCGCAUCCGUUGCCGAGUCUCCGGUCCCAUCACAGCCAGGUUUUGCAGGUAAUGAGGAUCGAUUUAGGGAUGGCAGGAUACACCUACCUGAUCUCUCCCUUGCCGAGAAAGCACAACCGCCAGUCAAGUCAUCCGACGAUGCUAUUGCCAGACUAUCGUGGCCUACUGUUGACGAGGAAACUGAAACGGUGGACCUUCACCGAUCGCAGAGACCAAAGGACCCAGUGAAGCGUCAUGUAACCCCGAAGCACCAUGGUGAAGAACCCACCAGCCGAGACCUCCUUCCAUCUCAGAAAUACAAGGGGGAGACACAAACGGAUCGUCACCGAACGCCUGCUGUUCAUGGAGCCCGGAAGGCAGAGGGACAGAAUCUGAUCAAGCAGCGCAUGCAACAAUUCGAGUCUCCAGAAGUGACCUUGACCCCGAAGCCAACGAUUGUCGACACCCCAUCCUCGCGGUCUUCCGAGAGAGUUUCCGAGAGAGUCAAGUCGGAAAGGGCGCGGGAGGACAAAUACUCCGAGCUCACCUCCUCCUCCCCCAGACCAAAAGCUGAGCGACCCAAGGGCAUCAGCGAGAUAGAGGUCGGUGCAGUGAUCGCCGGUGCAUCCUUAGGAUUUGCUGCUGCGCGGAAAGUCAGUCAAGAGCAGCGUCCGGAUAGUGCUCAAAGCCAGCGAUCAACGAUAUCUGGUACCAAUCGACUGCGAACUCCGGACUUCAAGCGACCCGACAGUGCCACCAGCAACCGAUCAGGAACCCCACCUUUGCGUCGCAGCGAUCGGAAAAGUGGAGACCUGAGGUCUCUGAGCCAACGGAGCAAGCCGGAUCUCGCCAAGGAGGCCGAGCUUGCAACUUUGACUACGCCAUCUCCAGCGAUCAACACAGCAACUCCAACGGCAAACGAGGGCCGAGCGCGGGCAAAAGAUAUGGCAGAUGUCUAUGAUGGCCUGGGUGAAGGCCGCAUGGGCUCACCGCGAUCUCCGACUCGACCCCACAGCAUGCGCCGACGACAAAGUAUGCAAAUACUGGACCUCGAGCAGAAGCUGGAACAAAUGAUUGCCGACAAUCGAAUGCUAGCCGAACAGAAGGCUCAAGCCGAACGCGCGUUGCACUCGAGUCAAAACGCUCCCUCUGCCUUGCUCGAAAAAGACGAAGAAAUCGACAGCCUCAAACGAACGCUCGAAUGGCUACAAAAUGAAGUUGGCAGACUGACUGAAGUCAAUGCGGGUCUGACAAGUGCGAAUCAUACAAUUGCCCGCCAGCAUGGGGAUAAAUAUGCCAUUCUCGAAUCGCGGCAUACACAGACUUCGCGGGAGCUGCAGGAAAUGCGCGAUGCCCACAGCAACCUGUCAGCAGGUAUGGAGGCUACGGUGAGGAACGAGGUACAAACUGCAGUGAUGGAGAAGGAUCGUGAGAUUGCUCGGCUGCGUGCGGAGUUGGAAGCAGCGAAGGAGAAAAUACGGGAGAUGCAGAGACAAAUUUUGGCGUCGAAGGCCAGCGAAGUGGAAUUCCUCACCAUCAGAGACGAGGACUACUUCGACAAUGCCUGUCAGAAAUUGUGCCAGCAUGUGCAACAAUGGGUGCUUCGAUUCUCCAAGUUUUCCGACAUGCGAGCUUGCAGACUUACGAGCGAGAUCAACAACGACAAGAUAAUUGAUCGACUCGACAAUGCCAUACUGGACGGCUCGGAUGUCGAUGGAUAUCUAGGAGAUAGAGUCAAGCGUCGGGAUGUCUUCAUGUCCAUGACGAUGACGAUGGUGUGGGAGUUUAUUUUCACACGAUACCUGUUCGGUAUGGAUAGAGAGCAGAGACAGAAGCUCAAAUCACUGGAGAAGACGCUCUCCGAGGUUGGACCUGCGUCGGCAGUCCAUCAAUGGCGUGCAGUAACACUCACUCUGCUGGCCAAGCGCGAAGCCUUCCGCCAACAGCGAGAGCAAGAUACCCAGGCUGUCGUGCACGCAAUUAUGGAGACACUGUCUGAGAUUCUCCCGCCUCCUAGCCACCUUGAAGCACAGAUCCAGGGUCAGUUGACGAGAGUCAUGAAGGCGGCCGUAGACCUCUCGGUCGAGAUGCGCUGCCAGCGUGCGGAGUACAUGAUGCUCCCACCGUUGCAGCCAGAGUACGAUGCGAAUGGGGACCUCGCGAGCAAAGUAUCCUUCAACGCCGCGUUGAUGAACGAACGCAGCGGGGACACUGUCUCGAACGAGGAGCUGGAAGCUCAAAAGGCCGUAGUAAGGAUCGUGCUCUUCCCGUUGGUCGUCAAGAAGGGCGAUGACACGGGGGAGGGCGACGAGGAGAUUGUGGUUUGCCCGGCCCAGGUGCUGGUUGCAAAGCCCAAGGGGAAGUCGGUCAGGAUGGACGUGGGCAACAAUUCCCGGGUCUCGAUGGCCCCAAGCACGAUAGCCCCGAGUACCAUGGGCGGCAGCGGGUUUUAA